GUUCAAAUAGAUAACAGUCGCUUAAGGGAGGCGGCGACGAAGAAUUACGAUUCUCUUACUGCACCUGCAUAUCCAAGAACCCUGAGCGUUCGGGCAACAAUACUCACCAAUCACACUACCGUCACGAUACGCGCUACCAGAUCUCCCAAGGUUUAGUGUACACAUUUCACUGACACACCAUCUUCACCAUGAGCUCACGACCAUCUCUCAUGCCGCCCACCGAGGGCUCCUUCCUUUCAUCGGGCGCCUUUACCCCAUCCGGCCUCACACCCAACACACGUUCCGAAGCUGAAGCUGCCUUCACUUCCAACAGCGUGUCGCAGACCGACUCAGCAGCUCCUGAUCCACGUCUACUGCCGUUGAUGGGCGCUGGUGGAGGAAACGAGACAGCCACAGAGAAUGGGCCAACUGAAGCUGUUAGGGCUUACACUGGCUACCGUCGACCUGGUAUGGCUCGAGCAAGCUCGGCCAACUACGAGAACGCACUGAAGCGAGCGCAACAAGCAUCCGUCUCGUCAGACUUCUCUGCUGACUCUGAAACACCCGAGAACGUCACUGCUGGCCAGACAGUCGCGUCACCUUCAGGCACAACCCCCUUCCCACCCCCCGGUCAGGGAGUAGUACCCCUUAACUACGGAUCAACACCCGCCGGUGCCCCGCAGGGAGAUUCGAUCAAGAAAACUAGGUCACGAGGCCUGAGCCUAAGCGGUCUCGCUCAACAACAGGGCUGGAGUGAGCAGGACUACAAGCGUGUAUACAGCGCAGAGUUGUUGGCAGAGGACCCCAAGAACGAUGCUGGUUAUGGCACAGGCCCGAAAUAAGAGGCCGACAUUGUCUGAAGCUCGACCAAAGGCGUUCAUGCGGGCCAACACCUGGCCGAAAACAUGCAGUGGCCAAAGUUGAGAGGCCAGACUGCUAUAACUCUUAGUAUAAUUCCUUACAACAUGACAUGAGCUUUAUGCAAGGCGCUAGGCGGAGUUCUGCCAACAGAAAGGUCGCAGGCCGACAAACACUUCAAAUAUAUCGUUUACGACGUGGCACAACUGCACAAUCAUGUUUCGCGCAGGAACCUGCAUGGUGUAAUUCGAAUACUAACUUUCCUGAUAGGCAGCAUUUGGAUA